AUGGAGAACUUCUCGAGGUCUAAAGAGUACUGGUCUGUCAUUAAAUCUAGUAUAGUACUACUAGCAGUUGGCGUGACACUCAUAGAUGCACAAAAAACAGAGAUUGAAGGACUAAAGUUAAAAGAUUUGAAGUUGGCCCCAAAGCAUGAUUAUGUUGUUUGCUCAAUCGAAGAAUCGAAAGAUGUAGAUGAGCUUUCACUUGAUAAACUCCAAAGCUCAUUAUUGGUCCAUGAACAAAAGAUAAACCAAAGUUCCACUACGGAUGAGCAAGCUUUACAAGCUUUUACCCUUACUCAGUUCUCAAAUUCUAGAGGAAGUGGUAAAGAUGUCAUAUAUUUGGUCAUUAUCGACUGUUAUACUAAACUUCCCAACAACAAAGAAAAAGGGAAGAAAUCGAAUUUUAUAGAAAACAAGAAAGUAGAAACUCUGUUAAUGGCUUUUCAUGUCAAUAAGGAACCUAAGUCAGAUGUUUGGUAUGUGGAUACGGGCUGCUGUAACCACAUGUGUGGAAGUAAGUCUUCUUUUACUUGCUUAAAUGAAGACUUUAAUUCUAAAGUGAGCUUUGGUGAUUUUUCUAUUGUGAAAGUAAUGGGAAAAUGUGAUAUUAAUAUUCGAACCAAGAAUGGUUUUGUAGAAACAAUUUCCAAUAGUUUUUAUGUUCUUGACUUGAAAAGUAAUUUGUUAAGUACUAGUCAGUUGCAAGAAAAAGGUUAUGAGAUAUUUAUUAAAAAAAGUGCUUGUGAGAUAUAUGAUCCUUCAAGAGGAGCAAUUGCUGUUGUUCAGAUGAGUUCAAAUAGGUUGAUUCCUUUGAAGAUAAGAACAUUUCAACCUUGUUUAAUGGUUGAAAUAAAAGACCCCUCAUGGCUUUGGCAUUUUCGCUAUGGCCACUUGAAUUUUGGCAGAUUAAAGACUCUCCAAUAG